AUGUACAAUGCUUGCGUCGAUGAUGCUACGUUCGUGGCGGGUAUCAAACGCUGUUCCAAUCUGACCCAUCUGGUCCUUCCGCGUGCAGAUGGGAUGUUCUACCAAGUCCCAAAUGACCUCGCUGGAUUUGGAGCCUUGGCAAAACUCAAGCGCGUUGUUGUCAUCAAUACUAAGCGAGGCUUUAGUCAUGAUCUGAGCUUCGACGAGGACGAUCAUGCUGCGGCGAAAGAUACCCUUUUGGGGAGAUUAAGGAGUGCUUGGUUGAGUCAUAAUGUUGGUCAGGCUUCUGUACAGAUGUCUGAGUCUGACCACUUUUGUGUGGCGGUUGAAGUACCUAUCCCGCCUAAUCUGGAGCAGGAAAGUGACAACGAUAUCUCAUUAUGCCAGGAGUGGAUCAAUCUCUAUGUACACAGCGGUGUUCAUUGGGAUAUCUCUUCCUAG